CCGCCAUUAAAGAAUUCAAUCCAUGAACUCAAAUAAUGGAAAUCUGCAGGACCCAUGGAUCAGGCAGAAAAGACCAGCCGAUGAGUAGCCUCGCAGAUUUGGCAUUUCGUCUGUUUUAGCCGCCUUUUUACUAUGACGGAGCACUGUGGUGGUUUUAGUGCAAAGGAGUGCGGUGUAGCUAAUUGUUUUAUUUAGCUAGCAGGCUAGCGUUUGAGCUCUGGUAUGUUAGCUUGUGAGCUAACAGGCUAGCAGAGAUCAGGGGGAGGGGAGAGUUCCUUUGCUUUGAAAUUGUUUCAGAUGAGCUAGCUGACAUUAGCAUUAGCAUCCAGGGCACUAAGAUUUUGCGAUGAAGUUUCUUUUAGUUUUCGAGCUCAUAUUUCUAUUGCACAUAUAACUUUUCUAGUGUUGGAUUUAACGCUAGUCUGUUCAUGUUUUGGGAGUGCUGACUGUUUGAUGUUACGGUUAUGUGACCGCGAGCUUGUGGCUAACCGGAUCAGACAAUACAUUUCAGAUAGGAUUGAUGAAUCGAAUAGCCAGAAGCCUACAGUUGAAGCUAUCUUACUGUCUGUCUAACGUUAGCUUAGCCACUAGGCUAGUGGUGGCUAGCGCCGGGUAGAAGUUGUCUUGACUUGCUGUAGCUAGUUGUAGCUAGCAGUUGGUCAGCGCUUUAACGGGAGCAUUACAACUGAACAUAGUUUCGCUGGCGAGUUUCGCAGGUCAGCUAGAGCCCCGAAGGUGAUUGAGACAAUGGGCUUUAACGUUACCACCACGCAGUGAAAGGAUGAGUUCGUGCUUUGUACCAAACGGGGCCAGUUUGGAGGACUGCCACUCCAACCUCUUCUGCCUGGCUGAUUUGACUGGAAUAAAAUGGCGGCGUUUUGUGUGGCAAGGACCCACUUCUUCGCCCAUCCUUUUCCCAGUGACCGAGGAGGACCCGAUCCUGUGUAGUUUCAGCCGAUGCAUGGCUGCAGAUGUGCUGAGCGUGUGGAGGAGGCACCACAACCCAGGUCGCAGGGAGCUCUGGCUUUUCUGGUGGGGGGAUGACCCCAGUUUUGCAGAGCUUAUCCACAACGAGCUCUCAAGUGAGGAGAAUGGGGAGUGGGAGAGCGGCCUGUCCUACGAGUGUCGGACGCUCCUGUUCAAAGCCAUCCACAACCUGCUGGAACGCUGCCUCAUGAACCGCGGCUUCGUUCGCAUUGGCAAGUGGUUCGUCAAGCCAUACCAGAAGGAGGAGAAGAUCAUGAAUAAAAGCGAACACCUUUCUUGCGCCUUCACCUUCUUCGUCCACGGCGACAGCAACGUGUGCACCAGCGUGGAGAUCGCUCAGCAUCAGCCUCUGCAGAGACUGAGCGAGGAGCACCUCAGCCUGGUGCAGCAGAGCUCCAACCCCCUGCAAGUCAUCCUCAGCCCAUACGGUUUAAACGGGACCCUCACCGGCCAGGCGUUUAAGAUGUCAGACCAUCCUACUCAGAAGCUCAUAGAGGAGUGGAGGCAAUUUUAUCCCAUUUUCCCCAAUCCCAAGAAGGAAGUCCAGGAAGACAAGAUGGAGGACUUAGACUGGGAGGAUGACUCCCUGGCAGCUGUGGAGGUCCUUGUCGCGGGCGUUCGGAUGGUCUACCCCUCCUGCCUGGUGCUUCUCCCCCUAUCGGACCUACCCGCUACGGUCCCCCAGGGCUCAGCUAACACCCCGGGAGGCCAGUGUGGUGCUCAGCAGGGUCAGGCCGCUCCCAGAGAUCCUGCCAUAUCCUCCGUCACCCUGACCCCGCCGACAUCACCAGAGGAAGCUCAUACUGACUAUCAGCCGUCUCACCGGUGGCUGAAGUUGUCCUUUGCAUCAGAUUGCUACAGCUCUAACAAUACUCUUCAUGGGGGUAAAAUCCCUCGUGGGCUGGCCAGCCAGAUGGUGGAGUCGGUGUGGCAGGAGUAUAACAUCAACCGCACAGGGAACAAGAGAAAGUUUACAUCCUUGACAAACGGGGCUUGUGAGGAGGACUCAGACAAAUCUGGCCUCUGGGACUUUGUGGAACCAACUUACAGGCCACCCUGCCACUGCUCAAGACACAAAAGUCAGAAGCAGCGAUCCAGCAGCACCUCAGGACACCCGCCGUCUUCAGGCCAGCCCGCCCAACCGGCCCCCAAGCACAAGCUCAGUGACAAGCUGGAGAAGGGGGAGAAGCAGCAGAGGAGGCCGCAGACUCCCUUUCACCACCGCAACUCGGUGAGCGAGGAGCAGGCGCUGGAGCCGCAGACCCCGAGGCUGUGCCCCCGACCACAGGAGGAGGGCUCCUAUCCCAGCCUGCACCACGUGGACACGGCUCCACCCAAAGCGCCCUCGCUGCACGCACACGGCCCCCCCGCAGACCUCGUGGGAUCCCCGCCCCCCCCUCCGCUCAGUCCACACCCCUGCGAUCUGGCGGAAAGCGACAUGACCCCAGGCGACAUGAAGAGCUCCUCCACGCCCAUCCACCAGCCGUUCUACCCGCCGUCGGUGGAGCCCUGUCUGCCGCCGCAGAAGGGCUCGUCCGAGGAGCACCGGCUGGAGAGCAUGGCCAUGUCUCUGCCCCUGCCUCCCAGCUACAGCGAAAGCUUGGAACCCGCCAUGUUCGUGGGCUCAGCCGUGAGCCCCGGCGCCGACUGCAGCCACAACCCCUGGAAGUAUUUCAACCUGCCCAGGAGGAAGGACUCAAACUUUGCGACUCCCCAGCUGCCUCUGGAUAAAAUGCAGGGCGACUGUGGAGGAGGAGCAGAGAGCGUCAUCUCCGUCACAGAGCUGAUGUGCGACUCCUCGCAGCCCCUGAAGGUGUCCCAGGAGCUGGUCCGGACCUACGCCCAGCGGAGGAACAGCCAUCUCCUGCACAGCACAGGGGACGGAGACCACAGUGAGGAGCCGGACCCUUAUGCCUUCGUGGAGGGAGACGAGGAGUUCACCUUUACAGAGAAGAAAGACAAGGCUGGAGCUGAGAAGGAAGGCGGCAAGAAACACAAGGAUGACGGGACUGGAACCUCUGCAGAUGAUGGUCAGGGUCCAUCCGGCAGUAAACCUACAGCCUCGACCAGCCUCACCCACGUCAAGGAUUUGGUUGUUUCCUACAGUGACCUGGAGAAAAUCUUCAACUCGGAUGAAGAUGAGAUCACUCCGGGAUCUAGAAGAGCUGGAAUUGGAGCCGAGUUGGGUAAAAAGAAUAAGCCAGGCACUCUAGAUCCACUGCCUUCCAUAAGCUCAGUAGACCUAAUCCACAUGUUUCCCACCCCGCCCUCCCUGGAGCAGCAGGGCUUCUCCCCCAUGAACUCCGGGAGCAACAGCCUGGAAACGGGGGCGGGUCUCACUCUGUUGGACAGCAGCCAGCUUAACAGCCACUUUAAGAUGGAGGUGGAGGAGGGUUUUUGCAGCCCCAAGCCGUCAGAAUUAAAGGAUUUCUCCUUUGUGUACAAGUCAGAGACAUUUCAGUCUUACAUUGGCUGCUCCAUGUACGCCCCCCUUAAGACGCUACCUAGCCAGUGUCUGUUGCCCAUCAAACUGCCAGAUAACUGUGUGUACACGCCGAGCUGGACCAUGGGCAAGAUGGAGCUGAUGCCCCCAGUACCCAACGUCAACCUCCUCACCAAAGACAGUAACGUCCCGAGCGUGGAGCCAGACUACAGCCAGACCUACACUCCUCAAACCCAGACGCCCUUUUUGUCCAGCAGCGCCCCUCCCAGUAACAGCGGCGUCGGCAUCCUGCCUUCUCCGGCCACGCCGCGCUUCUCCGUACCCACGCCUCGCACGCCACGCACUCCCCGCACCCCCCGCGGCCCAUCCAGCGUGCAGGGCUCCAUCAAGUACGACAACUCGGACCUUUACUCUCCGGCAUCCACGCCCUCCACCUGCCGGCCGCUCAGCUCGGUGGAGCCGGCCACCGUGCCCUCCAUCCCGGAGGCCCACAGCCUGUACGUCACCCUCAUCCUCUCCGAGUCGGUCAUGAACCUCUUCAAGGACUGCAACUUCGACAGCUGCUGCGUGUGCGUCUGCAACAUGAACAUCCGAGGGGCGGACGUGGGCGUGUACCUCAAGGACAGCGGCGAGGCGCAGUACUCCUGCACGUGUGGCUUCAGCGCCGUCACCAACCGCCGCUUCGGCCAGUCGGCCGGCCUCUUCCUGGAGGACGAGCUGGACGUGGUCGGGCGGGGCUCGGACGCCAGCCGGGACACGGAGCGCUCCUUCGAGGAGCUCCGGGCUUCCACGACGCACAAAGCCGGCGGUCUGAAGGAGAAGCCGCCAGAUGAGCUCAUUCUGCUGCUGCAGGACCAGUGCACCAACCCGUUUGCCCCGAUGGCCGGCGUGGAGUACUCUAAGGCGGGGGCGGUCCCCAGCUCCUUCCUGAGGGUCGGAGAGAGGGACUGCUACAACGACUGCUACAUGGCGCUGGAGCACGGCCGACAGUUCAUGGACAACAUGUCAGGAGGCAAAGUAGAUGAAACACUAGUGAAAAGCACCUGUCUCCAUCAGUGGCCAAAAUGCAAAUCAGCGGACAUGAGCAAGCUGUUCUCUCAGGACGUGCUCCGGGUGUUGCUGUCCCUCCAGCCGGUGCUGCAGGACACCAUUCAGAAGAAGAGGAGCGUGCGCUCCUGGGGUGUGCAGGGACCUCUCACCUGGCAACAGUUCCACAAAAUGGCCGGCAGGGGAUCAUACGGCACAGACGAGUCCCCGGAGCCUCUGCCCAUCCCGACCUUUCUGGUCGGUUAUGAGUAUGACUUCGUGGUGCUGUCUCCAUUCGGGUUGCCAUAUUGGGAGAAGCUUCUCCUGGAUCCGUUUGGAACCCAGAGAGAUGCGUGCCAGCUGGGGCAGCACAGGCCCAUCUGCAAGAGUCACCCAGAGGGUAUAAUGACGGUCGGCAGCACAGAAGGCAGGAGCCUGACGGAGCAGCCCCUCAGUGACUGGUUCCUCAGCAUGGCCGCCAGAGACGCAAACAAUGACGCCUUUAAGAAGCUCAAACUCUUCGCUCAAGUGUGCCGCUACGAUCUAGGUCCAUACCUGUCAGAGCAGCCUUUGGACAGCUCCCUGCUGUCCCAGCGCAGUCCCGCCCCGGCGGCCUCCUCCUCCCAGACCUCCGGCUCCUCCGGCCCCUCCUCGGGACUCCCGAGCACCAACACUACCAGCACCAGCUCUGCCCCCGUCAGCAGCACCCCUCCCUCCUCAGGCCCCCAGACAAUUGGGGGAAUGGCCUCCGCCAAGCCAAGUUCCUUCUCGCCAUUCGGGACAGCGGCCUUUCAGGGCAGCGCCACUCAGAACGGACCUCAGUCAAACCCUCAAGUCGCAGGAGGUCUGGUUGAAAACGGCUCCAACCAGCCGCAGGCGCCCACGGAGGCUCCAGAGAGCACAAUGGAGAGAGACAAAGUGGGAAAGCCAACAGACGGAGAGUCUCAUGCUGUGUCUUACCCGCCCGCCAUAGUGGUCUACAUCGUGGACCCCUUCGGCUACGAGGACGCAGACAGAGGCGUCCACUCCAGCGCCUUCUCGCUGGGCCUGCUGCGCUGCUACAUGGAAAUGCUCCAGUUCCUCCCCUCUCGGAUCAGAAACGCCAUCUCUGUGCAGGUUCGUCAUUACGUGCGCCUCUGCGAAGCUUCUAAACACGCCAUCUUUGACCCGAGCCGCUCGGCUGCCUGUGACGGUUCAGAGCUAAGCGGGUGCACGUUGCAUCAACAUGCCGGAGGGAGCGCUGAGGCAUUAGAGAUCGUUCCCUGCCAGUAUCUGCUGCAGCCGGUGCACAGCGGCCAGCGCCACGUCUACAACCAGCACCUGAAGUCGCUGGCCUUCUCCGUGUACACGCAGUGCCGCCGGCCCCUGCCCAGCUCCACCAACUUCAAGACCCUGACGGGCUUCGGGCCGGGGCUCGCCAUCGACAUGGCGCUAAAGAAUCCAGAGCGGCCGGAGUGCCCGCGUCUGUACACGCCGCCCUUCAUCCUGGCGCCGGUGAAAGACAAGCAGACGGAGCUCGGGGAGACGUUCGGCGAAGCCUCGCAGAAGUACAACAUCCUGUUCGUGGGCUACUGUCUGUCUCAUGACCAGCGCUGGCUGCUGGCCUCCUGCACCGACCAGCACGGGGAGCUCCUGGAGACCUGCAUCAUCAGUAUCGACGUCCCCAACAGGGCUCGCAGGAAAAAGAGCUCGGCCAGACGAACGGGUUUGGAGAAGCUGUGGGAGUGGUGUCUCGGCCUGGUUCAGCUGACGUCACUGCCGUGGAGGGUGGUGAUUGGGCGGCUGGGCAGGAUGGGCCACGGCGAGCUGAGAGACUGGAGUAUUCUGCUGAGCAGGAGGAACCUGCAGUCCCUCAGCAAACGUCUGAAGGAGAAAUGCCGGAUGUGCGGGAUCUCCGCCGCCGACACUCCCAGCAUCCUCAGCGCCUGUCUGGUUGCCAUGGAGCCACAGGGUUCAUUUGUCAUCAUGCCAGAUUCAGUGUCGACCGGUUCAGUGUUUGGUCGCAGCACCACGCUCAACAUGCAGACCUCGCAGCUGAGCACGCCUCAGGACACAUCCUGCACGCACAUCCUGGUGUUCCCCACCUCCGCCAUGGUGCAGGUCAACACCAACACCUCGGAGCCCAUCGACAUCAACUUCAACCCCAUAAAUCCCGAUGGAUCCGAUGGCAUGGGCAUCUUUGAUUUGUUUGGUAAUGACAUGGAUCACGACAUCGUGGAUCCAGAUAUCAUCAGCAUCCUGCCCAAUUCCCCCACCACCUCCCCCGUUCACUCUCCUGGCUCCCAGUACCAUCAGGGAGGAGAUGGAAGCAAGGGUCAGAGUGCCGAUCGCAUGGAGUCCCACGAGGAGGCUCUGAACAUCCUGCAGCAGCCCAUGGCUUUGGGUUACUUUGUCUCCACAGCAAAGGCUGGACCACUGCCCGACUGGUUCUGGUCGGCCUGCCCUCAAGCCCAGAACCAGUGCCCGCUCUUCCUUAAGGCCUCUCUGCACCUACACGUGUCUUCUGUCCAAUCAGACGAGCUUCUGCACAGUAAACACUCCCACCCCCUGGACUCCAACCACACCUCUGACGUGCUCAGAUUUGUUCUGGAGCAAUACAACGCCCUCUCCUGGCUGACGUGCGACCCCGCCACCCAGGACCGGCGCUCCUGCCUGCCCGUUCACUUUGUGGUGCUCACACAGUUGUACAACUUCAUCAUGAACAUGCUCUGAACUCUAAAACAGGAUCAAACUUCAGAGACGGGACCGACCGGAGGAAACGCUCAGACAAGCCGAACUCUGUGCAAAUGAAGAAUAAGGACCUCACACUCCAUCAGGGCCUUCCUCCUUCUCUUCCUGCUCUGAUGUAUCUCACAGUGCGCUGACUGGAAAGUCCCAAUCAAUCAAUCAGAUGCCAAGAAUCCAUUUUAGCAUUUUGGAUGAUCAAGGGACGUUUCAUAAGGAGAAUAAAUUGUCUUUUUAAUGACUGUAGAUGCAAUCUAUGAAAUUUUAUCUUAAUGAAAUGCCUGCAUAUAUUAUUUAUUGUAAGUUUUUAAAUGUGGAAUUUUUAAUGCUUAAUAUCUUUUAUAUAUUACAAAUCCUAGAGGGUGUGUACAUCUCACUGUAAAGGAAUUGGUUUAAAAAGUGUAAUUUUUCUCAAUUAGAACACGGAAAAACCUGUUCAAGUGAAUUUGCUGUAGAUUGCUUUUAGAAUAUUAUUUUUUCAGAGGGUACAGACCUUUCUAUUUGCCAUGCUGUAAAAAUGAAGUAAAAGCUGGCUUGGGCAUUUGUGUCCCACCCAACAAGUGGAUGAGACUUACCUCUCUGUCUGCUUCGAGUCUCUCGCACAGUAAUUCAAUGAGCUCUGAAGAGGAAUAAAAAGGUACAUUGUCAGAUUAUAUAUUUUAUAUAACAGAUUUAGGUAAUUGUGUGUAUAUGUGUACAUAUACCUGUGUGCCGCUACUGAUGGUGCAGCUUAUGUUUUAGGAAUAAAGUGCGUCUACCUUAAAA